GGUUAUGUUGAUGAUAAUGUUUGAUUCUGAGGAUCCUCGUGACCUCCUCAUUGAGGAGGACUAUCUUCAGGAGGAAGGUCUAACUUUCCUGACACCUCCCUGGAAACAGAAGCACCCCCCCUCCUCCACACCUCACGGCUGACGGUUGGCAUCCUCUCUUCCCCCUCCAAACCUCGCGAUACCUCCCCGGCUUCCCCUCCCUCCAAACCUCGCGAUACCUGCGCCGGGCUGCCUCCACAGUGUGGCGGAUGGUUUCUUAUCUCUCAGCACCUUCGACUGAACGAGAAACGAUAAAGCAAACAUGUGUGGCGUGUCUGGGCCUCCCCGACGCCGCUGAGGGAGAGGGGGAGAGAGGGAGAGAGUCUGCACGGCCGGCCCUCUGGAGGAACCUGAAGGAGCCCAACCCCAACAAAGUGAAGCCAGUCAUGGCAAACUGCACCGAGGAGCGGCGAGAGGAGAUAAAGGAGGAGUCGCCGCUGACGGAGGAGAAAACGCACAAUAACCUCAAAGCGAUCAACGGAGUGAUGGAGGAGGCGUCGAACGGAGGAGAGAAGCUACAGAACGGAGACCGAGGAGGAGGCGGGAUCAUGGGAGCAGAAGGAGGAGGAGACCUGUCCUCCAUCAACGCCAUGAUGUCAGCGGUGAUGUCAGCGGCGGGGACCAUCAACGGAGGCGGAGGAGACGGGGAAGGAGAGAGUGGAGUCACCUCGGCCAACUCCUCCGUCGGGCCGUCGCCCAGCCCCUCCCCCACAAAGUCGCUCACGGCGGCCAUGAGAGCCCCGCCCAGCAGGAACGCACGACGCACACAGGACACCAAAGAAGAAAGCUCAGCUUUUAUUUGUCCGCUUUGUGACAAGGACUGUCAAUCACAGCACCAGCUCACCAUGCACAUCAGACAGCACAACGCCGACGCCGGAGCGACGGAUCAUUCCUGCAGCAUCUGUGGGAAGUGCCUGAGCUCGGCCUCGUCGCUGGACCGACACAUGCUGGUCCACAGCGGGGAGAGACCCUACAAGUGUAACGUCUGUGGACAGACCUUCACCACCAACGGCAACAUGCACAGACAUAUGAAGAUCCAUGAAAAGGACCCGGCCAGCGGUCUGCUCCCCGUCAGCCCCCCCUCCCCCAACAAACGCCGCCGUCCAUCCGUCAAGAGGAGGCAGAAUCCGGAGGAGGAGACGGGGGAGGAGCCUCCCAACAAGAAGGUGGUGGAGGAGUCGACGGCGGAGGAGGCGGCGGCGAUGGUUCGAGGAGGCGAGGAGGAGCUGCUGCCCUGUCCGAUCUGCUUCAAGACCUGCAGCUCAAGACUGGAGCUGGACACACACAUGGACACACACCCCGACACCGCACUGAGGUGUGAUCUCUGCUGCCUGUCCUUCCGAACUCACCGAGGUAUGUUGCGUCACAACGCGGCGGUUCAUAAGCUCCUCCCCCAGGACCCGAGCGGACGGCCCUUCAUCCAGAACAACCCCUCCAUCCCCACGGGCUUCAACGACCUGGCCUUCAUCGACUUCUCCUGCAAGAAGUUCGCCCACAUCGCACAGGUUUGGUGCGAGACAAACCUCCGUCGCUGCAUCAGCAAGUUCCACCGGUUCGUCUGCGAUUGCUGCGACAAGGCGUUCCCCCUCCGCUCGGCUCUGGACCUCCACAAGACCACCUCCCACCCCGACAAACACACCGACACCGACAUGGAGGAGAUGGAGGAGAUGGAAGAGAUGGAGGAGGAAGAGGAGGAAGAGGAGGAGGAGGAGGAAGGAGCAGCAGAAAACGGCGUCGACAGUCCGGAUGUUGAGAAAGAAGUCCUGCCCGAGCAAGACAACUUCUUGGAAGCGCUCGGUCUCCGGCACGUUUCUAAGGUGAAGUCUGGACCCACAGACGAUGAGAUCCACCAGGCCCACCUGGACAGCAUCAAGGUGAUCCACGUGGAGCCGCCGUCCUCCAGCCUUCCCCAGGAGCCCGCCUCGGCCUACCUGUCCGGAGCUCCGGGUCUGACCCUGGGACUCGGCGUCGGCGGUCUGGCGGCCCUCAGCAUCCCGCUGCUGGAGGCCUCUGGCUCCGCCUCCGUCUCCGCCCUGCAGGGCCUCUCCCAGCGGGAGGCCAUGAGCCUGCUCUGCCUGCAGCCCUUCCAGACCGGCUUCCUGCUGCAGCCCGACGGGGGCAACGUGGCCGCCAGCGCCGGCUCGUCGGGGGUCAAACCCGGCGAGGCGGGCGGCGCCGGGAUCUCGGAGCUGGCCGACAUCCAGCAGAUCCUCAGAGUGGCGAGUGCGGCGCCGAACCAGAUGGGUCUGAGCCUGCCGCCUCUGGCCAAAGCUCCGGGGUUCACCGGAGGUCAAGGUCAAGUCCAGGGUCAGAAGGCGAUGCCUCCGUUGAAGCCCAAACCUCCCAUCACGCCUCGCUCCAGCCUCACAGCCACCACGCCCCCCCCCCAGAGCUCCCAGCAGGCCUCACUGGGCUGCAUCAGCCCCAGCCUGCCGCCUCCCACCCCUCUCUUCAAAACGCCCUCCUCCUCCUCCUCCUCCUCUUCGUCCUCCUCGUCUUCAGCCGGCAACAACGGGCAGCUGGACUCGGAGUGUAUGGGCGACGCUCACAUGCCUCUGUCCGACUCGCCGCCGGCUGCGACCACGGCGGUGCUCGAGGAGCCGGGGCUCAGCGGGAGGAAGCCCGGAGCCAAAGGCGGGAGCAACACCAACGCCGGCUCGGCGAAAGGCUCGUUCCCGUGCCGGUUCUGCGACCAGGUGUUCUCGUUCUCCGGCGUCCUGCAGGCACACAUGCGCUUCCACCUCGGCAUCCUCCCGCACCAGUGCAACAUCUGCGACUACGUGGCGCCGGACAAAGCCACGCUGAUCCGUCACCUGCGGACGCACAGCGGCGAGCGGCCCUACGUCUGCCGCGUCUGCCAUUACCCGUUCACCGUCAAGGCCAACUGCGAGCGCCACCUCAGGAAGAAGCACGGCAAGACGUCGAGGAAGGAGAUCGAGAAGAACAUCAAGUACGUCACCUCCACCAGCACCGCCAACCUCGCCGCCGCAAUCACCGCCGUGACAAACGCCACCACCACCCAGGACACGGAGACGGGCCUCACCGGAGCCGAGACCACGUGCCGGUUCUGCGGCGACGACCUGAAGACCUACCGUGCGCUGCAGAUCCACCUGCGGACGCACAACGGCUGCCAGAGGAAGCCGUUCGAGUGCCGGCGCUGCGGAGCCGCCUUCCUGGCCAAACGCAACUGCAUCCACCACCUGCUGAAGCAGCACCCGGAGGUGCAGGAGCGGGAGAUCGAGGAGCACAUCGCCACGCUGCUACCCGCCGCCGCGCCCGCCGCCACCGUCGCCUCCGCCCGAGUAAAUCAGAUGACGCCGAACGGGAUCGGUUUGUCGGUUCAGGCGCUCCACGCGGUGAAGGUGGAGGACCUGGACCAGCCGCUGGACUUCUCCGCCAAGGGGCUCUGCGGCAGCCAGGCGGGGUCACCGGGGGUCAAACUGGAGAGCGUCUCCCCGAGCUUCGACGGCUCCAUCCUGGACCAGCCCAUCGAUCUGUCCGUCCCCAGCAAGAGAGAGGAGAAGAGGGAGGAGAGGAGAGAGGAGAGGAGGGAGAUCAAGACGGAGCCGAGUGGCAGCAGCAUCGUGGAGCAGCAGCUCUCGCUCUGUUGAAGGAGGAGGACGGCUCUCGCUCUGUUGAAGGAGGAGAAGACGGCUCUCUCUCUGCCUCCCCUCCACCCUCACCCCCAGCUCGGCUGCUACCCUCCCCCCGGCUCCACCCCUCCCCCAACCUCCCUCCCUAACUCCACCCGGGCCCAGCGCCUCAAACCCCUGCUCCCCAAACCCGCCAUCUCCCUACCCCCAUCCUCCUCCUCCACCUCCACCCCUCUGGCCUCCAUCGCUCAGAUCAUCCACUCCGUCUCCGGAGCUCCAGACCUGCUGAAGAGAGAGGAGGUCAAACCCCCGCCGGCCGUCACUUCCUGUCUGGGCGACUCUGCUGCAGGCCCGGGACCCUCGGUUGUCAUGGAGAAGCAAAGCGAAGAAACGCCUGAGGGAUCCUCCAGGAAGCGGUCCAGGAAGAAGCUUGCUGCUCUGGCGGUGAAAGAGAAGGUCGUCGUUGUUAGCGCAGGAGCAGGAGCAGGAGGAGGAGGAGGAGGAGCAGGAGUCGGCAGCGGCAUCGACCUGGAGUCCAGCGGCGUUGCCAGCGUGGAGAAGAUGCUCGCCACCACCGACGCCAACAAGUUCAGCACCUACCUGCAGACCGGAGCGUCAGAGCUGGGAGGAAAGAUAGGUGAGAGGACGGAGAAGACGGGCGAGGAGAAGGAGGGAGGAGUAAAGGAGGAGGUGAAGCCGGCGUCGGUGGGGCCUCAGUCCAAAGGGAAGAAGAACGCCUACUCCAACUCAGUCCAGAAGAUGACCUGUCCCUUCUGUCCCCGAGUGUUCCCCUGGGCCAGCUCCCUGCAGAGACACAUGCUGACCCACACCGGCCAAAAACCGUUCCCUUGUCCCAAGUGCGACGCCUUCUUCUCCACCAAAUCUAACUGUGAGCGCCACCUGCUGAGGAAACACGGCGUGACGCACCGAACGCUGCGACGCAACGGCUCCCUCAAGAAAGACGGAGACGAAGGCUCGCACGAGAGCGCAGAGAGUCAGUCAGAGACGGAGCUGAUGGCUCCAGAAGCUCAAGACCUCAGCGGCGUCAACACCUCCACCGACUCAGGCUCCGCCCCCAUGUCGGAGAGCCCCGCCCCCUCGGACCAACAGGACGGGGACUCUGCACAGUCAAGCCCCGCCCACAAACAAAGCCGCAGCUGCAGUCCGCAUGCAGAUGACCAGGAUUCAGAAGCACCAGAGCAUCCGGACCAGCAGGGGGCGCCAGAGAGCAGAGCAGCACCGGGACGACAGCAUCCACAGAGCAGCAAGGUGGAGAGCACCGACGAUGACGACUGUCACAGCAACAAAAGUUUGGACCUGAACUUCGGCAAAAAGCUCAUCGACUUCAAACUCUCCACGUCUUCAGGCCCGGCUCAGGAAGAACAGCCCUCCCAACCUGCAUCCGCCUCCUCCACCUCCUCCUCAUCAUCAUCAUCCUCUACCUCUGCUCCACAAGUAGCAUCAGAGAGCCAAGAGAAGGAGAAAGGAGCUGCAGCCACCACCUCCUCCUCGUCCAGCAGCCCCGCGGCGAAGCAGCAGCCGGAGUACAAACACGUGUGUCGAGUUUGUAAGAAAAGCUUCCGCUACGCCACCACGCUCGCUCGCCACGAGAGGGCGCACCUCUCCGAGGAGACGCCAACGCCGGCACAGGAGGAGAACCCGCCGGUGCAAGAGGAGGCGACGGAGAGCAGCGCCGCCAAACCGACAGAGGAGGAGGAGGAGGACAAAGAGGAGGAGCAGAAGAUGGAGACGGAGCCGGAAGAGGCAGGAGCGGUGAGGGGAGGGGAGAGCGAAGGAGGGGAGAGCGGGGAGUCGGAGGAGGAGAAGGAGAAGGAGGAGAGGAGCGACGAGGAGGCGUCAGAACCAAAGACUUUAGAGGGAGGAGAGGCGUCAGGAAGACGACUGGACAAGAGGAAGAAGAUCUGCAACGUCUGCGGGAAGAGAUUCUGGUCUCUGCAGGACCUGACCCGACACAUGAGGUCACACACAGGUGAGCGGCCCUACAAGUGUCAAACCUGCGAGAGGACCUUCACCCUGAAGCACAGCCUGGUCCGCCACCAAAGGAUCCACCUGAAGCCCCGCGGGGCCGACGGGGCCUCGGCCGCCAUCGACGACGCCAGCGAGGACGGGGACUCCUGCAUCCAGACGCCGCCCUCCACCUGCCCGCCGUCGGAGAACGAGAGCGAGUGCGGCAGCGGCGUCGCCGGGCUCAAGGAGCUGGAGGAGGAGGAGGACGAGGAAGAGGAGGAGGAGGAGGAGGAAGAGGAGGAGGAGGAAGGGGACGUUAAAGAGGAGGGAGGUGAAACGUUGGAGGUAGAAAACCCUGAAAAACAAGCAGAGUCUGGUUCGGAUUCAGAACCAACAACAAAAACCGUCUCAUCAGAAGAACCGGCCGACGGGGAAACAUCUAAACUCUCUGCUGAGUCCGCCGCCUCGACUCCCCGCCAACAAGCUACUGACACAAAGACAACGACGAGCAACGACCACGACGAGGACGUGAAAUCGACGCCAGAAUCAAACGUCUCCAAAGACCCCCCCGCCUCGUCCUCGUCCUCCAGCUCUCCUCCAGAGGAGUCCGUACCGGCGGCCCCAGCAGAGGGCUUCAUCCAGGGGCUGCUGGAGAUCCACGCUAAGCCCCCUCUGGAGCACCUCCUGCCCAACGGAGAGCCUCCUCUGGUGGGGGUAGACUGAGGGUAACCUCCCCCCCGGCUGUUUAAACCAACGUCACCACAGUGCCAUACGACGAAAAGACGCUACACCAUUGAUGAUAAUGAUGAUGAUGCAAAAAAACAAAUUCAGCCCGGAAAAACUUUUUUGAUAGAAAGACGAAAACCUUGUUUUCUUGAAGUGCCUUACUACUAGUCCUACUUCUACCAGAUGUUUUUUGCUAUAUCUUUAUCUGCAUUAUUACGGAGGAUGGAUCUAAUUUUUAUAGCUUUUUAUGAUGACAAUGAUUUGCAUUAUUAUUAUUAUUUUUUGUGCGGGGGGGGAAUCUAUAUUUCAGCAAUAAUAAAAAGAGAAUAAAGUUAUGAUUUAUUAUUGUUUCUAGAUUCUGUUUGAGAAUUGAUGAUCAACUUUAGGAGGCGCAGAGGGACAGACAGACGGACUGUCUGCGUUUAUUCUUCUCUAUUUAAAUCACAAAGAUUUGGAUUUAAGAGCGGGACUAUUAAUUGGUGUUUUCUUUUGUCCGCCAGCCACGGCGGCUAUCGUAAGCACAUAUCACCAGACACAUCUCCGGUUCGACCAGACGUUUCUAGAUAUUUUUUGCAUAAAAUCAAACUGGUCGAACCCCAGUUUAACCAGCAAACGUGAGGACUUCCAACCUGGUGGCCGUUUUCUUACUGUGCGACAAAGGAAGCUUUUUUUUGUAACUGGAAAAAACAAACACAAAAAAGAAAGGUCGGCGCCGCGUGGUCCUUCCUGCUCGCUUCCCCGCCGUCUCUCUGCUGGCUCACGAAAAAAACCCACAAAAACAUUCACGAACUUGUCGAAGUCGCAUCUUUGUGAACGGAUAAAAAACUCUUGAAAGGGGGGGCAGAUAUAGUGUUGAUCAGUUUGUGUUCUCCAUGUUUUUUUUUUUUUUUUAAAAACCCAUCACACUAUUGAUCCCUUUAUCCCUCGAAGCCACCUUGUGAGUUUGUUUGUGUUAAUAAUUUCUCAUUCAUAAUCAUUCUCAGUUGAUUCCAUGUGUGUACAGAGAGUUGAACAUGUGGCACGCGAUGCUAUGAUGAGUAUUUUGUGUGUGCGAUCAGUGAUAUUUAGGUGUAGGGAGGGGAAUUAUUUUGUUUUGUGGAUAUUUUCUUUUUUUUUUUAAACUGAACAAAUCAUUUUUUUGUUGUGUGUGUGUGUGUGUGUGGAUGUGUGUGACUCCCACCUGUCUCAUCAUCGCCCCUAGUGUUCAUUUAGGGUUUAUUACAGGGCCUCCAAGAGUGCUAACGUAUUUUCCGCGGCUAACACGUUACCCAGGUUCAGUUUACCUCAACUUCUGCUUUUUAACUGCAACCAUUAAAAACAACAGACGAGCAGCUCUGUAGGCAACCCUUUAAAUCUCAUGUCUUCCUAAACGGGGCUAGCAUGGCUAACGCUUUGCUAGCACGGUUUUCCACAGUACGCCUAAUCAGAGCUAGCCGGGGCUAACUCAACAGCGUAGCUUCGAAUUGAGCUAGCAGUGGCCAACAUAUCUAAGUCAUUGGCUUUACACAAUGGGCCAAGCUAAUCAAGUAGCUAACCAAGGCUAACUCAUUAUCAGCAGCAGUGUGAAGUAGCUAAUAGCAAUGGCUAAGUCAUUGCUAGCCUGGUUAGUGCAAUGCGCCUUAACACACACACACGGCUUAUAAAAGGGCUAACAGCUAGCUUGCUGUUAUUAGCCUGUGUUGGUUAAAUCAGUCAUAGAGUCAAACGCAAGCUAACUAGGGCUAACUGACUAACCUAGACAAGCUAACCAACCUAUCAAUGCCUUAACUUGCUUAAUUUCUCUGGUACAGCCAGUUAGCCCGAGCUAGCUCUUAACAUUAGCCUUAGCUUUGUGCUUUGGGCCCUUACAUAUCAACCGCAGCUAGGGCUAACUGGCCAGAUGAUCAAGCUAACACAUUAAUAAGUUAGCUAACUGAUUUUCUAGCUAAUAGCGGGUCUAGCGUAGCCUCCUUUCAGUAUUAAUGUUCGUAUCUUGAGUUGGCCCUGGACCGCUUUGGUACCGUUUGUCCUCAUUUAGCUCUCUCUUCUUCUACAUGAACGUCAAUUUGAGGAUUUAUUGUAACUCUCUCCAGAACAGAAGAAACUUUUUCUACUUUCUUUCUUUUUUAGAAACACCUUAACACUUAAAGACACGUGGUUAUAGAUUUGGCGGUAGAGACAAUCAGUUGUAAAUAUCAAAUGGGAGUUGGAUGAAUUUUUAAAAAUAAAUGAAACCGCUCGGUUAAAUCUCGGUUUGAUUUGUAGACGGAACUAGAUGACGGAGAGAAAAGGGAUGGAUGGAAGGAUGGAUGGAUGGAUGGAUGGAAGGAUGGAUGGCGAGGUUGUAGGGGGGGGGGUUCCUAAACUGUGUUACCCUGCUGCACACACAAACAGACACAAGUAAAAGGGGCUUUUUCCCCCUUUGCACCAACCCAACCGGACAUUUCUGAUCACUUAUUGAUCCUAAUAUCACGACUAGAGGGCGGCGGGUUAUGUGUGUGUGUGUGUGUGUGCAUUUUCUUUGUCGUGUGAAGAUGAAUAUAGCUAUUUUUUCUUCUUGUACAUUUUUUUGUUUAUAUCAAGCAACCUCAUAAUCAAAAACAAAUCGAACCUCAGUGGCUCAUAACGGAACUGUAAAGCAGCGGCGGUCAGCCACUCAGUCGGUCGAAUAGCGAGAGAAUAUAUUGAACAAUUGGACCGAUUGUCCGACUGACUGGACGCUGCUGUGAACUGGCACUAACAACUUCCAAAACUACUACUACUACUACUUCUACUACUAGUACUACUACAGUGGAAUAUCGCAACACACAAUCAAGAGAGGAGAGUGAGAGAGUUUCGCUGGUUUGUCAGGUUCGAGUCCCAGCGCUUAGCAGGACCGUGUUUGAAGACUUCAUUUUUCUUUAAAGCAAACUAUUCAGAAUAAAGUAUAAGUUUCUCCAAAUAUUGAGCUCUUUAGUGUCGUUGUGUCUCUUCAGUCCUUUCAAAUGGACCCAAGGACUCAAAAAUCAACUCGCAGGGCCUCCAAACCAUCUGUAG